CAAUAUCAGAGACCCACUGCAGGAGAGAGGUUGCCUGACAAUUUCCCAGACAAGGAACAUGAUGGACUGAGUGGAAGACCUGUUUUCUUUGCACCCCAGUUUAUAAAGUUUCCCCCCUGCAACACUUAAAGAAAGACUUCUAAACUUCUAGGGUCAUAAGAAGCCAAUCAAAGCGGAAGUCAUGGAUUGGAAGUUUCUCCAGGGUCUUCUCAGUGGAGUCAACAAGUACUCCACUGCCUUCGGACGUAUCUGGCUAUCAGUGGUCUUUGUCUUCCGGGUGUUGGUCUUCGUGGUGGCCGCCGAGCGGGUCUGGAGCGACGACCAGGGACACUUCGACUGCAACACCCGCCAGCCGGGUUGCACCAACAUCUGCUACGAUUACUACUUCCCCGUCUCCCCCAUUCGCCUGUGGGCUCUCCAGCUAAUCUUUGUCACCUGCCCCUCCUUCAUGGUGGUUCUGCACGUGGCCUACAGGGAAGAGCGGGAACGCAAGUACCGAGUCAAGCACGGUGAGAACACUCGCCUGUACGACAACACAGGCCAAAAGCAUGGCGGCCUAUGGUGGACUUAUCUGAUGAGCCUCUUCAUCAAGACCACCUUUGAGGUCACCUUUCUCUACUUGCUCCACUACAUCUACGAAAGCUUCAAGCUGCCCAGGAAGGUCCAAUGUGAUGUCAAGCCCUGUCCGAAUAUGGUGGACUGCUACAUAUCCCGACCCACUGAGAAGACCAUUUUCACCUACUUCAUGGUGGGGGCGUCCGUCAUAUGUGUGGUGCUCAACAUCUGUGAGAUUUUGUAUCUGAUUGCUUCCCGUAUGGUGAAUCUUAAACAUCGAGGCAGUGUCCACACCUCGUCUAGAAGAGUCCGCCCUGACAUGGACUGUGAUGGCUGCAAGUCAUCUCUUACAUCAUAACGAGAGUCAGUAUAGGCAAUCGAUGAUUCGUCUUAUACCUCUAAUUACUUUACUAUAGGGUGAUCCUUUUUCCCAUUUUCAUUGUAAUUUUAUAUAUAAUUUUAUAUGUAAUAUAAAUACAUUGUAUUUUGACACAAACAAUUCUAUGCACUAUAAUGAUAUGAGAAUUGUUUUUCCACAAGUGUAAUAAAUAUUUCAGCACCAAAAGAAAGCUGAGUCAUUUUGGCUGCUGUACAUUAUGAAGUAGUUGAUCAUUAUUAAAUGAAGUCUGAAGAAUUGCUCAUAUUUGUAACCACUGUUAUCUUGAUAAUACCCAAAACUACUUGUUUUGUUUUUUUGUAAUCCCUAGAAAAGGUUGUCAAAGCACUGAAAAUAAAGUUUUCUUUUGGCAGCUUUGAUUAAA